CAAGUAACUCAAUGGAUGGGAAACGUCUGCUUCGGGUGGAGCCCGCGUUGUGCAUUUUCUACGCUACGCACCCAAACUGUCCCCGAUGAUUCCACUCAGUCCAGUCGAAUUUUCCACGCGUCCAGGGAAUUCCGCAGAGCACUCUCUUUUUAUCUCCACGCACUUCUUCCCGGCGAUACCACCGCACCAAUGGAUCGCUUCAUCUUUUUCCUCCUCCCCCUCCUCCUCCUCAGGGCGUCCCUCCUCCUUGCAGACGAUUCCACCCAGUUCAGCCCCAGAUACUUUCUAAACUGCGGCAGCGAAUCUAACAUCCCCACCAACGACAGCCCCCCGCGAGAUUUUGUUAGCGAUUUCAACUUCGUCUCCAGCCGCCACUCCUACCCACUCUCUGACUCCUCGGUCCCUUCCUCCUCCGACCCUUUCUCCUCCCUCUACUCUACCGCCCGCGUCUUCACCGGCACCACCUCCUACACCUUCUCCCUCAACUCCACAGGCGUCCUUGCCCUUCGUCUCCACUUCGUCCCCUUCUCAACCGACGAUCAGAACCUCUCCGACGCCGUUUUCCGAGUCACCGCCCAGCGUUUCCUCCUCCUGGACAACUUCUCCGUCGCGUCCUCCACAGACCCCGUCAUCAAGGAAUACUUCCUCUGGUUCGACUCUACCGCCUCCGCAAACCUCGAACUCACCUUCGUCCCCGCUUCAUCUUCUUUCGCCUUCGUCAACGCCGUCGAGGUCUUCAUCCCCCCAACCAAUCUCUUCAAGAGCUCUUCCCCUGCAGAUUUAAACAAUCAGAAUGUGGAGACUGUCUACAGGAUCAACGUCGGUGGUGACAAGGUUACUCCAGUCAACGAUACCAUGUGGCGGACAUGGAUCCCUGACGACCCCUAUUUUUUUAGCAAGAACAUCACUUCGGUGGAAAAAACCAAUCCCAGAAAUAUCAACUAUGAUAACCAAGAAGCGACGAACGUUGUGGCUCCAGAGUUUGUCUACAGCACGGCUCGUGCCAUGAACAUUUCAGCAGGCAGGCGGAAUGGCAGUCCAAAUUUCAACUCCAACGUCACCUGGAAUUUCACACUGGAUGCGGGCUACAAUUACUUGGUCCGUGCACAUUUCUGCGAUUUCAUUUCGCAGGCGGUCCAAUACGACCCUAUGAUCUUCAACCUCUACGUUGCCAACAAGCCUACGGAGAUCAAUUCAAGAGAUCACGCUACUUCCUCUAGCGUGCCCUUUUAUCAGGACACAAGGACGGAGAAGCUGAGCUAUGGCUGGAUUAACAUUAACAUUAACAUUCCCCGGCCGAACCUAUCCAUGCAACCGGAUGCUGGGUAUCUUAACGGACUCGAAAUCUUCAAAUUCAACGAUGCGCGCGUCAGCGACAACAGCAAGAGAAGCGUGCCCGUCGCGGUCAUCGCCUCCGUUUCCGCCGGCAGCGCCGUCCUGCUGAGCCUCGUUGUCUUCCUUCUGGUACUUUUGGCGCGCAAGCAUCGUCGGAGAUCGAAGUCUCGGCCGCUGCUCCCGAAGGAGACAUGGUCGCCGUACCGCCGGGGAACGACGCCGCGGGGAAACUCAGUGGACCACUCGAGCAAGCCGACUGAAGAAUCUGCAGCGCAGACCGCGUCCCCCAGGGUGAAUCUCGACCUCAACAUCCCGCUGCUCGAGAUCAGGGCCGCCACCAACGACUUCGACGAGAGCCUCGUGGUGGGGAGAGGCGGAUUCGGGAAGGUCUACAAGGGCAUCCUCGGCGACGGCACCGAGGUAGCAGUGAAGCGGGCCAUGCCAGGGUCGAAGCAGGGAUAUCCGGAGUUCCAGACCGAGAUCCUCGUCCUGUCCAAGAUCCGCCACCGCCACCUCGUCUCUCUCAUCGGUUACUGCGAGGAGCAAUCGGAGCGGAUCUUGGUCUACGAGUACAUGGAGAAGGGCCCGCUCCGGAACUAUCUGUAUGGAUCCGACGACAAGCCGUGCCUUUCAUGGAAGCAGAGGCUGGAGAUCUGCAUCGGGGCUGCCCGCGGGCUCCACUACCUCCACACCGGCGACUCCCACACCAUCAUCCACCGCGACGUCAAAUCGACAAACAUCUUGCUCGACAAAACCUACUUGGCCAAGGUCUCCGACUUCGGGCUGUCCAGGUUGGGGCCUUCCAUAGGCGAGACCCAUGUGACAACCGGGGUGAAGGGCACCUUCGGCUACUUCGACCCCGAGUAUUUCAAGACGCAGCAACUGACCGAGAAGUCCGACGUCUAUUCAUUCGGAGUGGUGCUCUUGGAGGUGCUGUGCGCGCGCCCGGUAAUCGACCGGAGCCUGUCGCAUGAGCAGAUGAACCUGGCGGAGUGGGCGCUGCAUUGGCAGAGGAGGGGCCAGCUGGAGAAGAUCAUCGAUCAAAGACUGGUGGGGAAGAUCAACGCGAACUCGUUGAGGAAGUUCGGGGAGACGGCGGAAAAGUGCUUGGCGAACUACGGCGACGACAGGCCGUCGUUUGCCGACGUACUGUGGAAUUUGGAGUACGCGCUGCAGCUCCAUGUGACGGAACUGAAGAGGGAACCGCACGAGGACAGCGGCGCAGUGGAUUUGCAGAUCUCCGUGCCGGCGACGCGGCAGGUGGAUUUGACGGCCGCUGCCAACGUCGGCGAGGAAAAUAACUGGCGUACGAGGUGCAUUAUGCCGUUGGAUGCGUCGGGCAGCACCGUGUUCUCCCAAUUGGUCUCCACCGAGGGGAGAUGAAUGACAUGAUCGGGAAUAAGGGGCAGCACCGUGUUUUCCCCAAUAAGAACAGGAUGUGUCCAUGUAAUUUCGUUCUUCAAUAUAAGGGAUUUGUCGUCCUCUAAUCUCAAUUCCAAAAUGUUAGACGCGAUUUUACGUACUGUAAUACACUUGUAAUUUGUCCAUAUGAAUUGCUCAGUUCGAUCAAUUUUAUCAAUUUAAUA